AUGGAGACCCUAAGUGAAACUCAGUACAGCAAUAAAAAUCGAGCAUUCCUUCAGGCAAUGCUUGCAAGGAGUUCCAUGACCUUUCGCGAAUCGCGCCCCGUCAUCGCCGCCAUACUCAACGCCGAUAAUAAUGGCAGUUUAGUGCGCCCAGAACAAGUGACGGAAGAAACGUUUGACAUUUUCAUGCGAACCGCUCGAGAAGCUGCAUCUCUAUUUGAUUACGAAAUUCGAAGAACGCAACAUCAAGUCACCAAGGAACGAGUUUACGCUUUCGUCAAUACUGCUUCUGACGCGCAGACGCAACUUGCGACAACAUUCAGCCACGAUGAACUUGCGUUCAUCAAGCGAGCCCUGGAGGCUAUGUUCGACAAAUACAACACACCGCGAAUGGAAGUCAUUGCACUCACCGACAUGCAGGCUGUAAAGCUCGCGAGACCCAAUCGCAGGGAGAGCGCCGUCGACCGAACCGAAGACGAGCCCGAGCAGUCGCAGGCAAUCACAGACAAGGGCCUGAAGCACAGCGAAGUCGAGACAGUGCUACAAAACCUCGUCGGUGGUGGAUGGUUUGAAAAGAGCAGAGAGGGGUUUUAUUCGCUGACGCCGAGGUCGCUCCUUGAGCUAAGGCCGUGGCUCCUGGGCACGUUCAACUAUCCGGAUGCAGAAGAGGGAGAAUGGCAGAGAAUCAAGUUUUGCGAGGCAUGCAAAGACAUUGUGACGGUAGGAGUGCGCUGCGCAGAUCCCGACUGUAAUAUCCGAGUCCACGCCAUCUGCGAGGAGGCUUUUUGGCGAACGAGACGAAACAAGAAUUGCCCCGGAUGCUCGAAAGAGUGGACGGGAAAUUUACGCGCCCGUGCAUGUGCUUGCGCACUGCAGCUGCACGAUGGAAAUCCAAGGCGGAAAGCCGCAUGCCAAGGGGGGGCUGGGCGAAGCCUGUUCGCACCUGUUCGAACUGUGUGCGAAAGAAAGAACGAAACACACAGACCAGCACCUGCGCCACCCACGAUGAUCGAAUACUUUACCUAUAAAAAGGUCAAAAAGCACAACGCUCAGAAGAAGGCGAAGCAAGAGGCGGAUAAUGCAAAAGCUUCGGCGAAUGAUGCCACGACUGCCGAUGACAUUGACCAUGGAACUGCCAAACUGCUAAAAGGCAAAGAACGUGACGAUGGCAACGGCGAUGUGGACGCCGUGUUGCGCGAGGACGACGAGCGCUUCAUCGCAAAUCUCCUCGCCGAGCACGACGGCCCCGCGCCCCCUCUGCCUCCCCGCAUCGACGUUUCCGACCUUGACUGGCCCUCCGACAACGACGCCGCCGCCGCUGCGGGCCCCGCAGCCGCCGAGAAGAACGAGGUCGCGACCAAGGAGGAAGCCAAGGCGGACAAGAGGCCCAACCGCUUUUCGCUCCUGUUUACGCGUCACAAAAAGGCCGAGGACGGCCUGAAGCCGCAAGACGCGCAGCUGGCCACCACGGAAGCCGAGCGCGAGAAGAAGGACCUCGGCAACGUGCUGGACCGGCUGAACCUCUCGGCUAAGAACAACAAGAUUGUGCUCGGCGGCGGCGACUCGGCGGCGCUCUUGGCCAAGUUUACCCAGGUCUUCAAGGACCUCGUCAACGGCGUGCCGACCGCUGUCGACGACCUGACGAGCCUUAUCGAGGACCGCGACGGCACCAUUGCAAAGGGCUUCGACAAGCUGCCCUCGUCGCUCAAGAAGCUCGUCACGCAGCUGCCCGACAAGGUGACGGCCACGCUGGGGCCCGAGAUCCUCGCCGCCGCGGCGGCGAGCCAGGGCAUCAAGGCCAACACCGACGACGGCCUCAAGGGCACCGCCAAGAAGAUUUUCCUCCCCCAAAACAUCAUCGAGCUCGUCACAAAGCCCGGCGCCGUCGUCGCCAUGCUGCGCGCCAUUGUUGAGGCGCUCAAGACGCGCUGGCCCGCCUUUAUCGGCAUGAAUGUCCUCUGGAGCGUCGCACUAUCAUUGCUAUUGUUUGUGCUGUGGUACUGCUACAAGCGUGGCCGCGAGGUCCGCCUGGAGCGCGAAAAGACGGAGAAUGUGAUUGAUGGCAGCGACCGCUUCGAAGAGCUCCCGGAUGACCCCAUGCUCCCUGAACCAUCUCGAGCAGAGGUGACGCCUCCGGAGGAGACAACGGCAGCCUCGUCCAGUCGCGAGCUGACCGAGGGAGAAGUAGUGGCGACAUCUAGCAAGGCGAAGUAA